AUGGCGUCAAACGUUGAGGCCCCGGAGCGCUGGUACCUCGCCCUUCUCGGCUUUGCGGAGCAUUUCCGAACCUCCAGUCCGCCCAAAAUCCGGCUCUGCGUGCACUGUCUACAGGCGGUGUUUCAGUUCAAGCCGCCGCAGAGGAUCGAGGCGCGGACGCAUCUUCAGCUGGGCUCGGUCCUCUACCACCACACCAAGAACAGCGAGCUGGCCCGCAGCCACCUGGAGAAAGCGUGGUUUAUAUCUCAACAAGUCCCUCAGUUCGAAGAUGUCAAAUUUGAAGCUGCCAGCAUUUUGUCAGAACUCUUCUGCCAACAGAAUCUGGUGGACUCUGCAAAACCCCUCCUGCGCAAGGCCAUCCAGAUUUCACAACAAACGCCGUACUGGCACUGCAGACUGUUGUUCCAGUUGGCGCAACUUCAUACACUGGAGAAAGACUUGGUGUCGGCGUGUGACCUGCUGGGGGUCGGAGCCGAGUACGCCCGAGUGGUCGGGUCGGAAUACACCAGGGCCUUGUUUCUCCUCAGUAAAGGAAUGCUGCUGCUGAUGGAGAGGAAGCUCGGGGAGGUGCAUCCUCUGCUCACGCUGUGCGGGACCAUCGUAGAAAACUGGCAGGGCAACCCGAUCCAGAAGGAGUCCCUGAGGGUCUUCUUCCUGGUCCUACAGGUCACACACUACCUGGACGCUGGACAGGUGAAGAGCGUGAAGCCGUGUCUGAAGCAGCUGCAGCAGUGCAUCCAGACCAUCUCGACGCUCCACGACGACGAGAUUCUGCCCAGCAACCCGGCCGACCUCUUCCACUGGCUGCCCAAGGAGCACAUGUGUGUCCUCGUCUACCUGGUGACCGUCAUGCACUCCAUGCAAGCGGGCUACCUGGAGAAAGCCCAGAAGUACACCGAUAAGGCUCUUAUGCAACUAGAGAAACUAAAAAUGUUGGACUGCAGCCCCAUCCUCUCAACCUUUCAAGUCAUUCUACUGGAGCACAUCAUCAUGUGUCGGCUCGUCACGGGCCACAAGGCCACCGCGCUGCAAGAGAUCUCUCAGGUGUGCCAGCUGUGCCAACAGUCCCCCAGGUUAUUCACCAACCACGCUGCUCAGCUUCACACGCUACUAGGUCUGUACUGUAUCUCGGUGAACUGUAUGGAUAACGCGGAGGCUCAGUUCACCACGGCUCUGCGGCUCACCACGCACCAGGAGCUGUGGACGUACAUCGUCACCAACUUAGCCAGCGUCUACAUUCGGGAAGGGAACCGACACCAGGAGUUGUACAGCCUCCUAGAGAGAAUAAACCCAGACCAUAACUUCCCAGUAAGCUCUCAUUGCCUGCGUGCCGCCGCCUUCUACAUCCGAGGACUCUUGUCCUUCUUCCAAGGACGCUACAACGAGGCCAAACGCUUCCUGAGGGAAACCCUGAAGAUGUCCAACGCGGAGGACCUGAACCGACUGACCGCCUGCUCCCUGGUGCUGCUCGGACACAUCUUCUACGUUCUGGGCAACCACAGAGAAAGCAACAACAUGGUGGUGCCCGCCAUGCAGCUGGCCAGCAAGAUCCCCGACAUGUCGGUCCAGCUCUGGUCCUCGGCGCUGUUGAAAGACCUGAACAAGGCCCUGGGGAACACCAUGGACGCCCACGAAGCGGCCCAGAUGCACCAGAACUUCUCCCAGCAGCUGCUGCAGGACCACAUCGCCGCCUGCAGCCUCCCCGAGCACAACCUCAUCAGCUGGACCGACGGCCCCCCUCCGGUCCAGAUCCAAGCCCAGAACGGCCCGACCACCAGCCUCGCCAGCCUCCUAUGAGAACCCCCCCGACCCCUACACCCCCCACCCUAGUCCGUCUCUCUCUCACGUGGCUGGAAGCCGAUACAUUUUUACCACGAGUGACGAAUCGAUGCCGCGAAAAAACGACAUCCCGCCGUCAGACCGCCGUCGCCGAGACUCGAGAGGAUUUUUUAAUUUUUUUUGUCCCCAACAGGUCACACAGAGUUCAGGGCCUUCACUUUAUUAGUUUCUGGAGAUUUGCUUCCUGAUUGUCUAUCACUAUUUUUAAAUGGUUGUAAAAGCAAUUUGCAACUGCUGUCGUGCAUGUGUUUCACACUUUCUGAUGGCGCGGACGCAGGGCGGGCUCUGGAGCGAGAGGAGCGACGGGCACAUAGCGACGUAUGAAAAGGGGAGGAGCCUUCUCUGCGGUUGCCAGGUUUGUCUUCCAUUUGUUGGAGAUAAAAGGGGCGGGCAGAAAAAGAAAUGUAGAAGAAAUUAAUUUAUUCAUGUUGCUAUUUUUGUAUCUGUUGGUAAAUAUUUUACAUCGUGCCUUUUUUUGUAAGGAUAAUGUUUUUCUUUUGUUUGUUUUUUUCCCCCAUGCAUGGAAGUUACUGAUGUGGACUCCCUGUACACUAAUUUGGGUUGCUAACUAAAUAAAUUCUUGUUUGAUUUUAUUUUGGUUUUGCACAAAAUCCAUAUUCGAAAGAGUAGAGACAUCUUGUAAUAUAUUUUCACACAUUAAUCAGUUGGAAAAAAAUUCUCGGCAGCGUACAUUGUAUUGGGACAGGUGUUGACGAGCGGCAUUUAAAUAUUCUUAAUUUUUAUAUCAUUUGGUGGCCACGUACCCUUUUUGAAAAGCAACACAGCUCAUGUAUUUUUCCAUAAUAUAUUAAUUCCCUGCCGACGUAUUAAUUUUUACAAAUCAGUUCUAGACUUUUGGAGCUUACGGUAAACCUUCAGAUAUAAAAAAUAAAGGCACAUUUAUUUUUAUUUUGUUAUAUUUUCUUUUUUCUUGAUAGUUCUACUCAAAGGUUUCUUUACAGUAUGUUUGUAUAGAUUUGCCACUCGUUGAACCUUUAUUGUACAGUGACAUUUUAUAAAGGCAAUUUAGUAAAGUGUGAUAUGUAUUUUUAGCUAUCCUGUGUAGAAAUCUCAAUGCUUGGUAUUUAAUGCACUCUGUAAGGACACAGUUUAAGCUUGAGUACUAGCCAUAUUCUAUCCAAUGCCUAUGUUUUUAAUGCUUUGUUUCCAAUAAAAAUAUGAUUGAAAAAUAAAUGUGCUGAUUUUAAUAUCAUGCUCGUCAACAUUA